CACGGCGCGGGCCGUGCCUUUGGGUUGUUGAAGAGCGAUGUAAAUGAGCCGGCACCCGGAGGACUAGCCAGAGCCCCGUGGCUGAGGCUCGAGCGAAGCGGAUGCUCGUGGUGUGGUUACUGUUUGUGGUGAGGAACGCCUGCCAGUGAGGAAGGAGGGAGAAAUUAACGUGAAAGUCAAUAACCUUCACCGAGAGUGCUCUUGGCUUCGUUUUGCUCUGUUUGCUGGAGUGGCGGUGUGAAACUUGGCGCCCGAGGGGCGUAGCUACAAGCACAUGCUUCCAGAAACACCGCUUCCAUUCCACGUCGUGCGCCCGUGCUUUUUGUUCCUGCUAAUGCUGACGGUGUCGGAGCUCUUGGAGAAGGCAGAAGUCCAAGAAAAAAGGUUUGAGUUUUGAAGAGAAGAGGGCCCGCAUGAUGGAGAUAUUUUUUGAAACAAAGGAUGUCUUCCAGUUGAAGGAUCUAGAGAAGAUUGCUCCAAAAGAAAAAGGAAUUACUUCAAUGUCAGUGAAAGAGAUUCUGCAAAGCCUUGUUGAUGAUGGCAUGGUGGACACUGAUAGAAUUGGAACUUCCAAUUAUUUCUGGGCUUUUCCAAGUAAAGCUCUUCAUGCCAGGAAACGUAAAUUGGAAGAGCUAGAGUCUCAGUUUGCUGAAAGCAGUCAGAAAAAAGAGGCUUUAGAAAAAAGCAUUGAGAAAUCAAAAAUUGGACGUGAAGAUACUGCAGAACGUGCAGCUUUGCUGAAGGAACUUGCUGCCCUUCGGCAGGAAAAAGAGCAGCUAAAGACAGAAAUAGACAAAUACAGAGAAUGUGAUCCAGACGUGGUUGAAGAGAUGCGCCAAACAAACCAAGUGGCCAAGGAGGCAGCCAACAGAUGGACUGAUAAUAUCUUUUCAAUAAAGUCCUGGGCCAAGCGUAAAUUUGGAUUUGAAGAGAGCAGAAUAGAUAAAGGUUUUGGAAUCCCGGAAGAUUUGGAUUACAUUGAUUAGUCUUCAGUUGAAUACUGACGCAGUUGUACAUAGUUUGUUAUAUAUUCAUAGCUGCCAUUAAAAUGUGAAUCCUCUCCAAACAGGUGGCCACACUUUAAUUUGCUGGUUUGAUUAAAGUUAAUAAAAUACUAAAAAUA